AUGUCCACCUCUAAAACCUCAGAUAAACCCUUCAAAGGCUUUGAAACAUGCCCUGCUCAAAUGGGUUUUUGUCUGAUUCAGCGUAACACAUCCCCGCCACAACCGGGCGAGAGAAGAGGGCGGCGAAAGCAGGCUGCGGAGCCCGGGAGGUUCCUCGGUGUGAGGCGGCGGCCGUGGGGACGAUAUGCCGCAGAAAUAAGAGACCCCACAACUAAAGAGAGGCACUGGCUUGGGACCUUUGACACUGCUCAAGAAGCAGCUCUUGCUUAUGACAAGGCUGCCCUUUCCAUGAAAGGAACCCAAGCAAGAACCAACUUCAUAUACUCGGACAACACUACUUUUCACUCUCUUCUUACUCCUUUUGAUGCCCAGACUGUGCUACCGCCACCCCAUGAUCACCAGUUCCCCACAAGCACCGACGGCAAACAAUUCAGCAUUAACAUUCAGAAGAGUUCAUGGCAGCCUGAAAAUACUUGUCCAAGCGAGAUGCCCAUUCAAUCUGACAAUGACAAGUACAACCCCAGUACUGAAGCUUCAUAUGGGUCAGCUCUCAACAACAAUUUCUUUUCCUCCACAGAUUCUAACUCAGGCUAUCUGGGCAGCAUAGUACCUGCCAACUGCCUGAAACCUCCUUCCAGUCCCACCAGCAUCAGCUUCAAAACUGAUGACCAUCAUCAACAGUUCUGCACAAAGGGUAGUACUCCUGCAAGCUCUCCUGACAAUGUUAAUGGUGCAGUACUACUUCCAUCUAACCAGGGAAACUUUCCUCGCUUGGGAGAAUGGAAUUAUGGGUAUUGGGGUGAACAGUCAUGGGAGGUGAUGAGUUCAGAUGACCUCUCAGCCAUGAUCAAUAACCCGCUGAUGGUUGAAGAUGGGUGCAUUGGAGCUUUGUACCCUGCAGUGACCCAGCAGCAGAACCCCAUGGCCAGUUUUGGGUUAACGCCGGAGGCAGCAUCUUCAGCAACUUGCUCUCCAUCAGCUCCUCCUUUUGGUGAUGUAAUUGGCUUGGGUUAUUCACUGUUUUGA